GGUGACGGCUAUAAAAAUCUUGCUGGCGCGCCAUCGAAAGUAAGCUUCCUCGAUUCAUCGUCGAAUCAUCAGCACGUGUUUGACCACGUGUCGGCCUAUAUCGCGUAGUCGCUGCACGGAAUCGUUCCUUAUCCUCUUCGCGAUUGUGUACGUGCGCGUGCCUCGCUAAUGAGAUAACUUUACACAAGUGCGUGCACUGCGCCGUAGGCGCAGAGAAAGGUUGUGUUUAUCAUUCGUUUCUGCCGUUGUGCCAUUCCUGGAAGCUGAAAUCGCGUUCUUUCGAUUACGAACGUUUACGAUCAUUGGAGGAUCUUCGAGAGACGGUGCAGCAUCGCAUUUCUGCCGCUUCCCCUGAAUCACGAUGAUAGCCCUUGUUCUCCUCGGCGUAUCUCUCGUACUUUUUGUCUAUAUCUUUCGUAAAAAUAACAAAACCCAUCGGCUGCCACCGGGACCGUACGGUGUCCCGCUGCUUGGGUAUUUGCCAUGGAUUGAUCCAGCACGUCCCCAUGUGUCAUUAACUCAACUGGCGAGAAAAUAUGGUCCGAUCUGUGGCUUACGAAUGGGCUCUGUAUACACGGUGUUGUUAUCGGAUCCACAGCUGGUAAGGCAGACCUUUGCCAAGGAUGCGUUUGCCGGCCGGGCUCCACUGUAUUUGACGCACGGAAUAAUGCAGGGAUACGGCCUCAUUUGCGCAGAGGGUGACCUCUGGAAAGAUCAAAGAAGAUUUGUAGCCGGAUGUCUGAAGAAUUUCGGCAUGACAAAAUUACCUGGUGCCAAGAGGGACAAAAUGGAGGAAAGGAUUCUCGCGGCCGUGAACGAGUGCACGUCGAAACUAAAAGAACUUGCCAUGGAAGAAAUUGAUCCUCUCGAGACGCUUCAUCAUUGCAUUGGUAACAUGAUGAAUGACCUCGUCUUUGGUAAAGUUUACGAGGAGGAUGACAAGGUGUGGAAAUGGCUAAGACACCUACAAGAGGAAGGAGUGAAGCACAUUGGAGUAGCAGGACCGCUUAACUUUUUGCCGUUUCUCAGAUUUUUGCCACGAUAUGGCAAAGUAAUGGAAUUACUCAUCGAUGGCCAACUAAAAACGCAUCAACAAUAUCAAACGAUCAUCGAUGAACAUCGCGCUCGACGCGAAAAAACGGAUAACUUCCUUGCGGCUUUUGACGAAGCAAUGAGUAAUGAUACGAAUAAUGGAUACUUCACUCAGCCACAAUUUUAUCAUCUACUAGCCGAUCUUUUUGGUGCAGGCACCGAUACCACUCUCACAACUUUUCGUUGGUUCCUGCUCUUCAUGGCGACACAUCCUGACGAACAAAAAAAAAUUCAAGAUGAAAUGAAUGAGUUGCUUGGAGAAAAGCCUCCCAAUUUGGAAGACAGACUACUUUUAAUUCGAUUGGAGGCAGCCAUUGCGGAGACACAAAGAUUACGGAGCGUAGUACCGGUCGGCAUUCCUCAUGGAACAGUAGAGGACACACAAAUAGGUGAUUACGAUGUACCGAAGGGCACCAUGGUUGUGCCUCUGCAAUGGGCUAUUCAUACGGAUCAUUUUUACUGGCAUGAUCCGCUCUCCUUUAAACCCGAGAGAUUUAUUGCUGAGGAUGGAAGUCUGGCUAAACCGAAAGCCUUUUUACCAUAUCAAGCAGGUAAACGUAUGUGCGUCGGUGACGAACUGGCCAAGAUGAUAUUAUUUUUGUUCGCCGCAAGAAUUCUUCAUACAUUUGUUAUCUCUGUACCAUCCGGCAUGCGUAUCGAUUUGGAGGGUGAAUGCGGAAUAACUCUGGUUCCUAAAUCGCAUCGCUUGAUCUUUACAUUGCGGGAAUAAGCUUAUAUACAUCUACAACUAUAUUUUUAUGUGUGCUAUGUUAUGCAGAACAAAGUAUCUACAUUGGAAUUUCAUGGAAAUAUUAUGCGUAUAUACUUAAUUUCUUUUAUAUAAUGUUUAUAUUAAUUUACGUAAAAAUAAUUGAUUAUAAUACUUCUUUA